AUGCUUAGUACAGGGUUUUAUCUGACGCCGUAUCGAGAAAGACUUGGGCUGAGAGAACUGUUUGGUCUUCAAAGUGGUCCUAAGAGAAGGAAAAGGGAAAAAGGUAUUGAAUCGUGCUAUACGAUUGGAGUUGGACCGUGGGGGGAAAUGGGAGAGGCGACAGAAGGGCAACAGGCUGGGGGCAGUCUGGAUGGACAAUUUUUGUCUCAGAGGAGAGCUGAACGUGUGAAUGAACACAUUGAACCUGACGUGAGGAUCACGGCAGCCAGGGCGCCUGACCAUAGAAGGCAGACGAAGCUCACUAGCAAGCUCCAAUCGCCGGCUUACUCACCCGCUCCGCCUCAGAUGCCAUUCCCAUCCUCUCCACCUGAGCCAUCAAGCUGGCCUAUCCCCAUCUGGAGACCCAGAGGGCCACCUCAUCAACCGACACACAAGAAGAUCUUGAACCUUCUCUCACCUCGACCUAAACUUGAGGUCCCUAUGAAUCUGCCAUUAGGUCGACCACCGAGAUUGACAAAACCACCUCGGAGAGCCUCCUUUGAGGAUCGAGCGCAGGCACAUCGAGGGCAUGGAAGAUGCGAUGAAGAUCAGGAGACUAGAGAUGGACCCGACCUCACCUUUAGCGAAUCAGAGCCUUCGCCUAUCCCUCCCGAGAUGCUAGACCUUGCUUCUCCGAUAUCCCGUAAGAACAAGAACAGAUGGUCUGGACAGACUUUUGGUCCGAUAUCCCCACCCCCCAAGGUAGUAGUAGAAGAGAACUAUCGACGUGUUUCUGCCCCAGUUGUCGACACCACUCUUGGCGUUUCAACAAAGCUGUCAAACCAAGGACGUAACAGCUGGCGGUCGUCCCGUCGCCUGUCCGCUGAAUCAGCUGUCGGACGUGAUCGUAUGCCUGAAACGACGUUGCCUUCUCCACCAGAGUUGGCACCUGAUCAGAUGAGCCCCUGGAUCCCUGAACAUGCCAGAGCGCAAAGCACGACAUUACCUGAAGUCAGGGUGACAAUCUCGCCAACGAAAGGCUAUUCACCCGAACAAUUGGAUCAGAUCCAAUACGAUCAGUCUGAACCUCGUGACACCACUCGACUCUGCAUGACGAUGCCUGAACCAUGGACACACAGUCCCACCGCCAACAGCUCUCAAGGAGGUCCAUCCCGAAUGCUUCAUCCUCUCGGCCGACCUUUAUCCUAUCCUCCUCAAGUGGCUUCUCCUCACGCCGCCGCCGACCAUCCCCAAUCAUCCAGGUCAUCCGUCGUCUCUGUCACCCUGGACGAUCAUCACUCCUCUAUCCAGACUGCUCAAAGGGUCCCUGUACCGCGAGGCGAAUCAUAUCAAUCGGCAACACCUAUCCGAUUCUCUCAGCUUUUCCCCGAUGGCCUGGACAAGCCUCCGACAUUGCCAAAGAUCAACGUCAGACCAGCAUUCUCUUUCAGACUUCCACCAGCUCAACCUCCACCUGAACAUCCACCACCGCCCUUACCUCGUAAACCGUGGUCAGACCCAUCCCCAGAUGUUAAUUCUCAAGACGGUGGCUCCCUUGCAUCUGUCUAUCUGUCCAUUUUCAGAGGAAAGACACCGUUCCCGUUUACCACCACGAUGCCUAUGCCUCGGAUCGCUAGCCAGACCACCACUCGGCGACCUUUGGAGAAUCCUGCAUCUUCCUCCAGCGAUACAUCAGCUACUUUUACGACUGCCCCGGCCUAUCUCGGUGCACACGACAUGCCUCUUCCCUCAUCCCCCGCCAUGAGCCUCGGUGAAUCAUCAUCUCAGAUGAGCUCUGCUCCCGUCGUUGGCGACGGAUCCACACCGACCGAUACCAUUCUCCCACAUCAUCGAAAUGCCUUGCUUCACCUACUUCGACUGCUCCACUGUCUAUCGCUGGCUAGACAAUUGCUCUAUGCCAGGAAUCUGGUCAGCACGACCCUACUUCAUACGUCUCCUUUCCCACCGGAUCUUGUGAGGGAAUGGGAGAGAAAGCUGGACGAAUGGUGGUCGACGUCAUCUGCGAUCCUCAAUGUGGCGAGAGAACGUGUGAAGCGGAAUCUGAGACGCGCGGAGAAAGAUUGGGAAUGGGCAGUGGAAGUCAUGGGAGGGGAUGUGGUCAAGGAGAAGAAAGGGUUGGCAAAAUACUGGGAGGACGAGGACAAACCUGGAUGGAGGGAUCCAUUCGAGCGUGGUCCGGGUGCCUUCGGCGCUUGGGACCUUGUCGGAGGAGGAGGAGCAGGAGCAGCAGGCGUACGCGGUGCCAAACGAAGAUCAAGCCGGAUAUCCCGGUGUGAAUCUCGUCCAGGCGAUCUUCGCGGCGCGACGGCCCUCACGCACGCUCGUCCUGGAGGAUUGAAGAAACAACCUAGUUUUCUGGACGAACGGUCCGCCGAAGCUGCAGCAGGUCGUGGUGAUGGACGUGGACGACGACGACGCGCAGCGAGCCGCGGUGUUCCAUCUUGGGUCGGCGAAGUGGUGCAUGAAUGUUUCGGAUACGAUGAGAUUGAAGCCGAGGUCUGGAGACUCGAAAUGGAUGGGAGAAUCCCGACGGGGACCUGGAGACGAAUGUACGGCGAGAGGGCGUUCAAGUCGAGGGAUCAUGAGGAGCGUCAGGCGAAUGAACGGAAAGAGAACGCGAUGACGAAGAUGGAUGAUUUUGCGAGGGCGUUGAACAGGAUGAGCAAGGGAAUCAGCCGAUCAAAAUUGGCUUUGAGCUUUCGAGAGGAGCGUGGUGGGAUAGUGAAGAGGGUGGUGGUGCCGCCGAGAGGAUCGUCGUCCACCGUGUCAGCUUGUCGGGACAACAGACCUACCGGCUGGUGGAUCAUGGAUGAGGAUGAGCUGUGUGAUGCUCAAUCGCUUGGAAUGGAUCAAGUGAGGGUAGACGAUGAGUUGAGCAGGCAGAGGGAAUCGUGGAGAAAGAAGGGUGAGAAGAAGGUGUUUUGGUCGUGA